AUGACGUUCGGCUGCCCCUUGGAUUGGAGCUCAUGGAACAGAUUAUUGUUUUGUUUACAUGAUGGAAAAUGUGAGGUUAGUUUGUUUGUUUUUGUGGAAGAGAAGGGUGUGGAGGCGACGGUGGAUGGAGUGCUGGGAGGGUAUGGGCAUGUGAAUAAACCUGAUAUAGAAGGUAGUGAGGCAUUCUUGAACUUGAUUUUGGCUGAAAGAUUUCCUGAUGCUGGCAGUGAAAGACGUCUUAAUACUCUUGAUUGUGGCUCCGGGAUUGGAAGGGUCACCAAGAAUCUUCUUAUAAGAUAUUUUAAUGAGGUUGACCUUCUCGAGCCUGUUUCUCAUUUUCUAGAUACUGCUCGGGAAAAUUUGUCCCCAGAAAACUUGAUGGUCACAGGGGAUCAUAAGGCUGUCAACUUCUUCUGUGUUCCUCUUCAGGAAUUUACUCCAGAGGCAGCAAGGUAUGACAUUAUAUGGAUCCAAUGGUGUAUUGGGCAUCUUUCAGAUGAUGACCUUAUGUCAUUCUUCGAUAGAGCCAAGGGUGGUCUCAGACCUGGUGGGCUGUUUAUUUUGAAGGAGAACAUUGCAAGAAAUGGUUUCGUGUUGGAUAGUCAAGACAAGAGCAUUACGAGAUCCGACUUGUACUUCAAGCAGCUCUUCAAACAAUGUGGUCUACACAUUCUCAAGACCUGGCAUCAUCAGAUAAGAGUGAAGGGAUGAAGAUACCAUUUCUCAAGAGUUUUUACCAGAUAUUAAUAUUUAAAACUCCAUUAAUUCUGUGUGCUUCGUUCACUCAUAUCGUCCACAUUUCCAGUUCACAAUAUUCAGUUUUGGAGAAGCUCCAAGAAAAUUGGGAAAUCUUUGUUCAAA